AUGUCUUCCCAUGAUUCCCCUGAUUCCCCUGCAGUAUACUUUAAAUUCAAGAUGGCGUCCAACGAGAAGUGGGAGGUAGUUGGCAAAGGGGGAAAGAAAAGGACUCCAAAUGAAGGCAAGAAGAACAGAGUCAAGGCGUCAGAUAUGCCUAAAGCAGAAAUAGUCAGUGAGUAGAAAUUGACGACUUUCUUAAAGCCUCACGGAACGAAAACAACUUCGCGUGCCAAUUCGCCACGUAUGCAAGUUGUGCUUGUUGAAAACUUCACGAAGCUUAAAUCUGAGGACAGUCGCAAAGCGAAAAGCUAAUUUUCAAGAACUUUGUUUAAGCAAUAGUGUGAGAGAUGCAUUUGGCCAAGUAACCAAUGGCUUAUUUGUAUCGUUUUUUAAUAAAGAAAAAAGAUGGUUUUUGGUUUCUUUAGCCUCAUAAAGGUUCCCUCAGACUGUGUCUUCCAAUAGAUGAAAUCAACGAUCGAUGAUAAUCGAUAUCAAUCAAUACCAAUCAAUGUCAACUAGUCGACUAAUUUUGUUGACUUAUAACUUUAUGAUAACCGGCUAGCCAGAGUAAUUUGAUUAGUACUUCUGGAUACAAAAAUUAAUCUUUCAAAUUUUAUUUGUCUACAAUUUUCCAGAUCCCUUGGCAGAAUCCAAAACAAUUUACCAAGCACUCAAAGGCCCUAAAGCACAUGCUUCACAUAUUGGUAAUGGACAUGUGAAACACACAUCUGAUGUCUAUGAAGAGCUGCCAGCAGUUCUAGCAGAAAGAGUACCCGAACAAGCCCCAGAAAUAAAGAAACUUAGUGGUGGUUUUAUCGGUGGGAAGAAGAAAGCAGUAUCAACUAAACCCCAGAAGACUGAGGAAGAAUUACUCCAAGAGGCUUUGUUAAAGGUACUUAUGAGUUACAUAGAAAUUCUGUAAACACAACAAGUACCCAGUACCCUUAGUCUUCCAACAAAAUUCCAAAGGUUUAGCUACAAUAGUAUUUAAUUCAGGGUCAGGCAGUUGGGAUAAAAUCUAGCACAAUAUACAACAUGACAUGUGUUAAUGUAAUUAUCACCCAACUGCACUAAGUAGAGUACAAUGGCCAGCAAUAUUGUCGAGGUGGUUAUUUUGUAUUGGAAAAAAGCCUGUUUAACCAGUUGGCUGUGUAUACUACACUUCUUUAUCCUCUUCUUUUUUCCCUUCUUAUAAGAAAUGCAUACAAAAUAAAACAAUUGGAUCACAAAUAACACAAUUUGGUGUGUACUAUUGCUGAGUAUUUUUAGUUGUUGUUUGUAUUUUGACAAGCCUGUAGGGUAAGUCAAAAUAUUGCACAACACUCAGCAACACUGCACACCAAAAUGUCUAAUAAGAUAUAUUUAUUGCACAAAACACAGAUUUGUCGAAGAGGUUUAGACAGCAGACCUCUAUUAUAUUAAAAGGAUGAAACUUGUAGAAAAAAAGCCUUAAACAGAUUAAAUACUUUAUAUCAUAUGCAUGGUGGGUUAGAACUGAAUGCUCUCCUGUUUAAGUCAGAUAUCUCCAGUUACUAAUUUCUCUAUAUAUUAUAUACUGGUAUUUGUAAAGACUAUUUGAAUGAUGAUCUUAUUGUUUAGGCUGACAAUGGUACAGACACUAUUACUAUCUGGUUAUUCAUUGUUUUUAUUUAUUUCACCUAUUUGAGGUGGAUGUUGAUGAGCUCACAGCAAUCCUAACAAACUUGGAAUCAUCAUUUCCAAACAAUCCAUCAGUAAGUAUAGAGAGUAGAGAGUAGACCAACCAUUUUCUCCCAAGAUCUGACUACAGUGGAACCUCGCUCUAACAAACAUCCAUGUAAUGAAGUCCUUGGUAUAACAAAAUCCUGGUUAUAACAAACAAAUCCAGAAGCCCAAAUGUAUAACAUACCCCAAUAUAACAAACAAAUGUCAACACUUGACAAAAGACAAAUGCAAAACAGACCAAUAAGAAUCAAAAUCCUUCAAUCCUGUAACAAUAGAACAACUUCGUGUUCAAAAGCUUAUUAUGAAUGCUGGCACUGACACUAUCAACAUAUCCACAGAUCUGCUUUAUCCUCUUUCUCUCUUCUUAGGUGAAGUAACUUCUUUAUUUUUUAAGGCUUUUUGUGGUAAAUGGCAUAAAAUGCAGGAAUUUCUGGUCCAAUGACAUUGUUUCUCCAUUUGCCUGUGACUUCCACUAAAAUUUGUCCUCUGUGCUUUAAAAACAAGGUGCUGUAGCUAUAUACAGACCUGUACAGUGUACUGUAGCUUCAUAUAGACAUUAAAGCACAAAUGUUACUUAUAGUAAUUGUUCCUAUCCCAUAUUGUUCGGUAGUACGACAUCACACCACAAAGAAAAAAAAAACAAAAGAAAAAGAGAACAGCAACUAUUAUCCAUCCCUCGCUAUAGCAAAUUGUAUAAUUGUCUUUUUGUAAAUUCCUUAAAUCAAGGUUUUUGUGUAAUGAACCCUCAUUAUAAUGAACUAAUUUCCCCAAUCCCUCGGCACUUUGUUAAAUCGAGGUUCCACUGUAUUGCCUUUAUAAUUUAGCUGCUAGACAUGUCCCUUUUGGUAAAUUGGCUAAGAUAUUUUUUUACAAUAAAAAGAUAGCUCAUUACCUGUUAACUUGUCCACAAGACAAACAAAUAAGUUCAACUCAAUCACCUCUAGGAGUUGAGGGACACAAAAAUAUAUUGUACAAACAAUAAAUCCCAUAAUAUUGCUUUCAGAUUUAUAUUAUACAGUUGUAAGGAAGAGAAACCAUGUUACAGAACUGAAUUUGAAUAAGGCCUUUUCCUAUUGUUGAGACAGGACCUGAAAAAAUUAGGCUGGCAUGUGAUGGACUUUAUGCACAGGUUAUAGAAACUGUCUGAGCUGACAUUUGUAAACUGAUUACAUAGAAAUUAACUUUUCAUCUUCAGAAACAGAUUCCUUCCAAAUACUAAUGCAGACUUGUAACUUAAUUUUUUUUCCCUGUACUGAUGCAGUGUUUUCAAUCCUUACCUGUUUCUGUUUUCCUUAUGCAGAUUUGGUUGACUGACAUUGGUGCACAUCUUCAGCUUAAGCUGAAAGGUGUUCCACAGAAAGACCCAACAUUUGAAGGCAAACCAGCAGGUUUGUACAAAGUUAAGACCACAGUGAUAACUGUUUCAAAAAGUCUUAUACUCUGUUUUAAUGAGCACUAGAAAUUGUGGCUAGUUGAACAAAAUUUAGUUGUUGAUUGUGUGACCAAUGGUCCACAAGUCACAUACUGUUCAAGGAUGGUACAUCUUGGAAGAGUGUUGUCAUGUACAAACUGGUUUUCAAUAUCUGGAAGGGCAUGGAAAAUAAUGCUCAUGCCCUGGAAGGGAGAUUUGUCAAGUGUCAGCAAGCAUUAAUUGCUGGGGGAGCUCAGCAAUUUACCUAACUUAAUUAAAACAAUUUUUUCAGAAUUAUCUAAAUGUUCACAAUAUCAUGGAAAACCUUUCACUACCAAGACAUUGUGGUUUAAAGUAAUCAGAUUUACACAAGUUUAUACUCUGAGCUGUGAAACAUGUCAAAUGUUGAAUUGAAGGAGUAUUUGAAAACUUUCAUUUGAAACAAAAAGGCUGCAGCACAAUUUUCAAUGUGUAGGAAACAGUAAUAUAUAGAUUUAGCUGAGCUUGCAUUUUUUUUUCCCUGCAUGUCUCAAGGGCACAACGCCUUGCCCCAGCCAGGCCUAGAACCUGGGUCAUCCGACUCAGAGCCCAGUGCACUGACCACUGGACUACUGAACAAAGCUGUGGCAUUGGUGUGCCUGCAGUACAGUUGACCAUGCAUGUUAUAAGUAGCACCCUGUACAGUCAUAUGGUCAUACAUCCAAAUUUUUUCAGCUUGAUGGGUUGCUACUCUUUUGUAUAAUUAUGGGGCUAUGCUCUGCAAGCUCUGCGAGCUCUGCUAUUAAAGAACUUAUGAAAAUGCAAUCAUAUGAUAUCAUGCAGUGAUCACCUGGAUGGAUCAGGGGUCAAAUGAAAGGCCUGAAAUUGAACAUGAUUCCUUGACACCAGAAUCAAGAAACUAUUUGUGUAUCCCCCUGAAAUGAAAAUAAACCCUCUCUUAAUAAUUUACACUGGAUCAGGUUGAGCACCUGACAUUGUUUCAUUGUGACUCUGUGAUUAUUUACAUAACAGACUAUCCAAUGUGCGUAAUGUCGUCUGCACUCAAGAAAUUUUUCCUCAACCUCAUGAAGAAAUGUACGAAGCCAACCUUGAAACUUGUGUAUCAGCGGUCGGUUGAAAACAUGGUGCAAGACCUCAGUAAAGGUAUUGUAACUUGCACAACAUGAACACCCUUUCAGUAAAAUUUUCUUACUAUUCCUGCUAACCUUAAAAAAUCAUUUUGGACAUAUUCUAACUGCUUUUCAUGCAUAUCUCUCCCAUGAUUAUGAUUUUGCAAAAACAGAUCAGCAACAUUGGUUUCAUAUUUUUACAGUGCUUUGCAAUUUAGGAAGGUUUUUUCCAAUGAAAGUUGUAAAAAAAGAGUGCCUUCUCUAAUCUACCAGCUGAGGGAAAAUUUGUAUCUUUGAUUUUUCUAUGCAAGAUGACUUUGAAUUGCUACUUUAUGAUCUUCAUGGUAGGUUAUUCUGCCUAUGGUGACCAAAUUAUGCUGCAGUUUAUUGUACACCAUCAGCCACAGAUCACUUUGGAAGAAUUAAAAGAGGUAAGAGGUACAUGUGUACUAAAUUCCCUUUUAACAGGUCUGGAGCCUUUGUAAUGGUCUCCCAUGUGUUUCUGUUGACUUGUACUUUACAUGUUCCUGCCUCCAGAUGAAAAAUAAACAAAUAAUGUUUGGAAUUUUUGUUGUGCACAGGUGCAAGAGAUGCUCAUGCAACGGAGGACUCGUACACGCGAGGCAUUAACAUUGAUGUGGUGUGUUGGACAGUUGCCAGAAAAGGACUUAGCUCAGGGUUUAACAGGUUUGUAACCCAUCAGCCUGUGACAGGGUGAAGGUUUAUGUAAGGGAGAAGCUUACCACAAAAUAACAAAGAAAGAAAUGAGGGUUUUCAAAUUCUAUGCUCUUGUGCAUAUAUUAAAUGAUUCUUAGAUUUUAUUAUUAGCUUGGGUGGGCAAGUUGUGGAUCAUGUGUUGUGUGAUCUUGGGAAUGUGAUUGUAGUUUUCUUCAUGGCUGUAAUUUUGGUGUUUGAUAACCACUGUGAGGGUAUCAGUAAACACUGAAAUUACAGCUAUUUUUCAACGUACAUGUAUCAGGCUUCAUCAGUUCAACAAUCAGUGGCAUGCAUAACUCUUCGCCUGAAAUCAUAAGGCAUUCAGAAGAUUUCACUUCUUGUGUAAGAACAUGAAGUCUUUGGAAAUCUGGUUUGAUCCUUGAUAUAUGUUUUUAUUUGAUGCCAAUAAACUUAACUCAUUUUUCAUGUAAAUCAUUGUGAUAGCUUUGUACAUAAAUUCACAACCAGAAGGGAUGGGUGUUCCUAGGUGACAUUUGCUGUAGAGUUACAGUACACGCAUCAUACAAUGAAUCUGUGAAUUUGAUUUUUAAAAGACAAGAAAAUUACAUAUAGGAAGUUGUUCGUGGAAGUUUUUCCUGAAACUCUUCAUCCAGCAAUCCAAUGACAAUAAUGUUUUCAUAUUCUGGAGUUUUUUUUUCACACAAAGUAUGAUAUUUGAAGGAUGAAGGGCCACCAGGUACCUGCCAAUGCUGAUUAAGCCAUCUAAAAUAAGUAACAGGCAUUAAACACUGGCAAUUUUUUAUACUCUGAGUAAUGAUUCAGGUUUUUUUUUGUGUUUGUUGCAGUGUGGAUGGAAGUCAUGUUACCUCAGUUAACUGUGAAACAUCUGACAAAAUAUUCUGUUUCUUACUUGGAAAAUCUCCUCAGGUAAUGAUAUUUGGUACCAUUGAUUAGUACCUUAUUUUGCAGUUAAGGUAAAAGUGGGGGGUGUUUGCUUGGUUCACUUAGGAAAGGGAUAGACUGCUUUGGCAGAGGGUCAGGGUGCAAGCCCCCAGGCUUGAUGAACACAAAUGGUCUUGAAAUGAUUGGGAAGAAUGUGCUGCUUUGGCAAUAUCAUUUGUAAAUGGGUAAUAGUUUUAUGAGAUAAGGACUGUAAAGGCCAGGUAACACAAUGCAGCAAGCUUUGUGCCUGAUGUUCCUGAAACCAGUCUCUAAAAGGUGAUUUCUGCCAAAAUAUCUCUUUUCCGAAGAAGCUUAUAGCUGGUGGGCCUUGUCUCCCUCCCCUGCUUCAAUGCCACAUGGUGCUCAGGGGAUAUUGAAGAACCCUCUCACUCUUUGCAAACAGUAGGGUGUGGGUUUCCUGUUAUCCUUGUUUUUUCUUUCUGUCACAGUGCUGUGGCUGGGUUGGGAAAUGCUUGGAGAUAGUAUUAGCUGAUAAGGCACAAUCAGCCUGUAUUUGUUUGCAGAAUGAAAUAUACGUUUAUAUAAUCAGUGUUGUGUGGUUGUUUUUCAGUACAUGCAAACCUGUUGGUAACCAAGGGGCCCUUGUCGAGCCAAAGGAAUUUUUCACAGUAAUGGAGGUGGCAUUUUCUCCUGCCUCUCCUCUGGCUGGUAACACAAGGUACAUUGCCUUUUUGCUAAGUCAUAACUUGUGGCAAACAUAUAUGCUUAGGCACUACAUACACUUUUUUACCAGGAUUUGAUAAAGUAUUAUUAAAUGUAUUUAGAGAGUUGUUGCCUUGACAUUUGUCAACCAAACCCUUUACUUUUCCAGUAGUGAUUGACAUUUGACUUCUUUUUAACAAUAAAGUUUGAUUAGUAGACUGUCAAGCAAACAGCCAUGGAGAAUUAAGAAAAUUAUUUAUGAUAGCACACUGGUUAAUAUGACACUAAAUUAUUGUGACUUGUCCAGCCAUUGUUUAAUCCUUAGGUAGGAUAAUUGGUUUUUCUUGUCUUUGGAGGUUUCAUAAAGGAGUCAUUUUAACAUGAAUAUUCAGAAACUUGAGGUUGAACCCAGGAGUGUUUGACUAUUAUAUCAAAUGAUUCAUUGAACUUGGUCAGAGAAGGUUAAGACACAGAGUUUUCUUUUGUUUGUUUUCUGUAGCUUGCAGCGAAAGCUGUUGUCUCUCUACCCCAAAAUAAAGGUAUGUUACUGUUUGUGGACAUGGCAAUGAGGAUCUUGAGAUACAUGCCAUGUAAUAAAUAAAACAUUGUAUAAGUAGCCCAUAAACUUUUUUAUCUGCUAUCUAUCAGAACCCUCUACACAGUGGUGGCUUAAAGUGAAAACACACUCAAUAUGAAACUAUUUAUGUAAUUUAUAACACCAAAUUUUGAAAACUUUAGCUGAGAAAAUGCAAUCAAUAAUGUAUUUGAAAAGUGAAUGACAAUUUGUAUGUUUUGGCGAAAUGCAGUAGGCAGAACUAGUCAUUGAAAGUAAAAUGGCCUUUUUUUAUAUUUACCAUGUCUUUUAUUUUAUCUCAGAGGCUUUCUCUAGGUUCAGAAACAAGACCAGUCAGCAGAUUGUACUUUGGCACUUUGCUAAGCCGUCUGGACAGUGAGCUUCCAUUAGAAUACCAAAUAGAGGUAGGUGCAAAUUAUGUUUGGUCCUGGGGGUGUGUUUCUCGUCGUUGUAUCACCAGUUUUUGUUUUCUUAAAGCAAAUAGAUUUCAUGUGGUCCAGAGUUUUGAAAUUCCAUUGAAUAGACCUAUCAUAUUGCUGGUAAAUACAUCGCUGAUUUGUUGUCUCCCCUGAUGGAUAUGUAGUAAUUUAAAACGUUCACUAUUAUUUCAUUCUGUGAUGCAGGUUCUGAGCUGUCUCGUGAUGUGCUUAGAAAAAGAUCAGGAUUGCUUUACAAAAUGGGAAAGCAGCUAUCUAGCGACAUUACAGCAAUCAGGGUAUGAUAAAUUCCACAAUAAAUUAAGAAUUUUAGGGUGGAAAUGUAGAGUCGAAAUGAUUGUAUCGUUCAAACCGAUUUUGUUAGCUCCUUAAACUGUUCUCUAAAAUAUGUGCUUCAACUUGAUCUGUUUUGUUGCAUUUCAGUCUGUUUCUAAAUCAUUUGAUAAAUACUUGGAAUUCCCAAAGUACGGUAAGUUGAUUUCCGCACUACACUGAAAAAGAAGUGUGCAAGUGUGGGGGAGAUAAAAUUAGACUAGAUAUUGGUGAAUAUCGAUUGCCCUAUUCUUAGACAGAUCCAAAAGCUUUUCCUUGCACAAAGUUAACUUCUUGGCACAAAACGUAGCGAUUUAAACAUAUUUUGUACAACUGAGGCCAAAAACUAGGAAGUCAGUGACAUGUGUUCAGUCUGGCUGAUCACAGCAAAUGCAUCACUUACUGGUCCAACCUUGUAGUCAAGCCUAAGUGUGACCCGCGAUUCGCGACGAUUUAAGAUUGCUUCUAAAUUCGUUCAACCUCAAAUCCCACAGAUUUAGUCAAUGACUGGUUGAUACGAAACUUUUUAUGCUAAUCUUUUGUUCAAAUUUGACCAAGUGCCCCUCUUCCGCUUCGUGUUUGGUUUAUCUUAGCAAAUAGUAAAAGUUUAACUUACAAAUCAUGUUUUUUGUUUGUCAUUGUACAGGGUCUUCAAAGCAAGCUGUUCGCCAUUGUGGACGUAUUCCAAGCAAAGAACCGACCACUUCUGGAAAAUAACAAAACCAAGGUGAGUUCUUAUGUAAUAAAUUCAGUCUUCUGAACUCAGUGUGCCUAAUAAUACCCUCCUCAAGGGGAUGCUGGUCUAACGUAAGUACAGUUUAUUGGAACCAUUUAUACGCCUGGGUGGGAGAGGCACUGUGAGAUUUAAGUGUGAGGCAACAACACAAUCACUCAACCAGGCCUCGAGUCCUCACCGUUUGACCCGGAGUCCGGCCUGCUAACCACUGGGCUAAGGUUUUACUACUUAUUUUUUUAAAACUCGCCUAACUUUGAAAGUCAGUAUUUUUUUAGAGAAUUCUCUAACUUCUUCUUGGCUUCGUUAGGGAUUUAUACGGCAUUCUUCCCUACAUUGAUUUAUUUUAAACGGAAAAAGUGAAUCGAUUUGUAUUUUUCAAUGAAUUUUCUGGGUGGCCGUCCGAACGGCUUCAUCAGACGAAUUUUCUCCGACAGCACUUGAUUAGGCUGCAAGAAAUGAUUGCUCUGUUCCGAUCUCCUCUUUUUCUAAUAGUUCUGUGAAUAUGCCUGUGAGCUGGAAUCAGUCAGUAAAAUACCUUUUUUUAAAGGAUUUUCCCUCCAGUCUCCGUCGGUGGGAAGGGGGUGGGGCGUAUAGCCAGGAUCUUAUCUUGUCUUUGUUACCGGUGUUUUGAAUGCGCUGAAUUAUUGAUAACUAACAUACAGACUGUCUGAAUUUUAUUGGUUAACAGCCUGGUCUGGACAGCUGUGUGAAAGCUUGUGAGGUAGGAGAAAACCUCAUUUUCUUAACAAAUGAAUGAGUAAAUGAAUAAAUUAGCAAAUUAAUCAACAGAUGAAUUUUCUAGCCAGGGUUUAGACGGGUAUCCAUUGUCGUGUGGACGAAAAAAUAACUUAUACCGUAUUUCUUUUGAAUCGCCUGGAUAAGCUCAGUGUGCUUCUCAUAACUAAAGGCACCAGAUCUCCCACAAGGUGAACUUGUUGAGGGAGUUUUCAAACUUUUCUUUGUAGGAAUUCGCACCUCAGAGCGUAGGAAAACGUCCAGUUUGGGUCGUUUGUUUGGUUUGUUUAGAAUAGAACCCCAAUUUUACCUACGUUAACAUUUGAAAAUUUUGAUAGCCUUAAAGACAGAGAUCUGUUUAUAUUCGACUCCGUAAUUCGGCCGAAAUCCACCCUAAACUUCGUCAGAACAGGAGCGCCCUGUCUUUCUUAUGUGUCAGUUCGUUUUCUAGGAUCAGUUGAGGGACGUUGUUUAUGUCAACGCUUUUCUUAGUAGUCAUGUCAAUGACAAUGGUCAGGUAGUGUUCUGUGAUUGGUUGACGUAUUCAUGUAACGUGAUGUUCACGUGGUAAUUUGGGUAUGAUUCUCAUGCAGCAAGCUGGUGGGUUAAAGGGGGUUAGUUUCUAAGGAAACUGUGGUGCUGCGUCGGUGGGAGAGUAUAACAGGGUAGUUAAGUGUUGUCAACUGAGUUGAAAACGUAAAUAGGCCGCCGUAAAGAGUUUAAAGGCUGACGUUUCGAGCGUCAGCCCUUCGUGAUUGGGUUAGUGGGUUAGUUUUGCUGCAUCACAGUCCACCAGCCCACAGUGUUCUCUGAUUGGUCGUUGCACUCAUGCAGCGUGAUGUUCACAUGAUAGUGUUUUGUGUAUGAUUCUCAUGCAGUUAGCAGGUCGAUUAGUUUUGCUGCUCUGAGUUUUCCCUGAAUCGUCUUGUUCUUCUGCCAAAUUUCUGUAACUGGACCGUGGACAGGUUUUUAAAAUAGUACAACUAGGAGUGAUUGGUUAUUACGGGACUGAACUGUUCAAGUUUUGUGCGCAAUAAUGACUGAAAUAGACAAAGCGGUGAGUUGUCCUUGAAUUUUAUUACGCGUCUUUGGUUCUAACGCCUUUCAGUCGUUAAUCACUGAAGGAGGAGGUUUCCAUUUCAGAUUUUAACAACGAGAAUAAUUUGGCUUAUAUUUAGUUAGUAAUUAUUGUUUGAUUAUGUUGUUAAUGUUUUAUGACUGGUGUUAAGUCACUGAUGGUAGAUUUUUUAACUCGAUCGUAGAGAAGAUAGAUGUCAAGCAUCUUGUCACGAGCUAAGGAAAAAAGAAAUAUGAAUGAGGAUUUGAGUUUCAGAGCUUCCAAUUUCACGGUCUGAUACUCAUCAAACUGAGUUACAAAGAAUUCGCUGGUGGGCUAGGCCAUAUAUGAAUCCCAUGUUGACAGUUUCCCACCUUGCAACCCUUAGGUUAUGUUUGUCCAUUAGGACCUAGUGAUGACGAACUGAUCAUUAUCAUUUCACUUAUUUUCUCUUCCUAUUUUCUAUCCUACUUUUAUGAUAUUUACGCUUUCAAUCCAGAAAUGACGGAUUUAUACCAUCACUCAGCUUAUCUAGGGUGAGAAUUUGCCGACAGGUGUUUAUCGAUUAAAAUUACUCUGCCUCACCCGGUAACAACCUGUGCAGGUUUUCCCACCUGCUAACGUACAUAAAACUUAGUUUUUAGUGAAAUCUAACUUUUAUUGAAGCAGUGAAUGAAAAAAAAAAGGCGAAGUAAGAGGAAAUCCCUACAUCACAUAGUUUUGUCCUCCGCAAAUUUAAUUAAAAAAAAGGCUUAUGACAAUUGUUAAUUAUUUUAGAAGCAGUUAAAUUCACAACUCUCCUUGCAUGAAACAAUAAUGUAGCUUGUAGUGAAAUAAUAGGCUUUAUUUCAAUUAGUCACUCAAGUUUCAUCGAAUAAAUGUUGCAUACGUAUUUUUUUCUAGGAAAUGGUUGAAACCAGCAUUGUGUCGAACACCAGUUUCGAACGUGCUUGCAUUUUAUAAGCGUAAAGGAGGCUUAUUCAUGUGGUUCACCUGUUCAAGGCGAACUUUGAUGUCUUUCAUGUUAGUUUUCGCCUAAAUUUAAAACAUGUACUGCUUUUUCCUGUGAGUCCUCUCGAGGUCUUCUCUUUGAAAGAGGAGUUGCACUGACUUUAGGCAAAAUUUAGAUUUACGUAUUUACUGUCAGCCCAAUGUUUGUGAACUAAGAUUUCGAAGUCCUGAUGAGCAAUCGUCAUUUGGUUUAGCAGCAGCAGCAACUUAUAUAUUUUCAAACGUCAGCAUGCACUUAAGGCCCUAGUAAAAAGCUUUCUCUGGGCUGUCAACCCUUAUAGCGGUUCGCGCGUGAGAUGCGCCACACCGCGAAAACACGGUAUCCUACAAAGCCAGAAAAUUUUGGAUGUUAAGUGAUGUUCGCGCGUUCGUUCGCGAAAAGGUGCACCGCAUGGAGGCGAGGCAUUAGUCUCUUACUACUUGUCCUUUGUCUAUUUAGGCCAUAAAGGAGAAGAAGAAGACCAAGAAAAAGUCCUUCUUUUGGUGCGGAAAACUCUUCAAACUUGUUUUGUUGUUAUUAGUCGCAGUGAUUUCCAUUGACGUUUACAAACACAAAGGUUACCAAGGUAACUAAUGCUUACUGUGAUUUCCCUUAUUUUGCUUUCCCUGGCGAUAUUCUUCAUCAAGAUAAGAGCUUCAAAUAAAGACCACCACAGCAAAUUUAUAACAGUAUCUUAAAAGGCACCCUUUGGUCUAGCUAGGUGUUGUUUCAGCUCAGCAAAAGAAGUUUUGCAUACAAAAAUACAGCCAUUUGUAUAGCUGCGAAUUUAUGCGGCAUCCGCUGAUACAAAUGCCCAAACAGGAAUGACUACUGACAGUCGUUUGUCUGAUGAUUUGACCGGUAUUGACCAUGUUUAGGGACUUGUCAGAAAUUGGCAGGGGGGGGGGGUGGAAACAGAGGGGGGGUCACAACUUUUUGAGCCUCAGAAAAGGGAGGGGUCAUGAAAUGGGCAGUUAAAAGGGGGAGGGUCAUGCAAAUAUAUGCCCGUGAUCAUGUAGAGGUUCACCCACAGAAGAAAAAGGAAGUUCUUUAUUUGGCACAAAAACAAACAAACAAUGCUCCCUCAGUGUGGAAGAGGUGGAUGAUCAUGAUGAAUGUGAGGUAGAUGAAGGGGAUGAGGCAUUACCCACUUGUUCUAGUGAUGAAGACUUUGUAUUGGGAGAAAUAGGAGAGUCGAGUGAUCAGUCGGACUCUUAAUGCUGUCAUCGAAAAUGUAUGUAUGUAGUAUGACAAAGAACAGAUUAGAAAUAUAUUUUGAGUUUUCAUAAUACUGACGCACCCUAGUGUAUUGCAAGAACUAGAUUUUAUCAUUUAUACAAGAGGGGCAGGGUCAUGAUAUUUUAGGCCAAGCUCAAGGGGAGAGUUAGCAAAUUUCACUCCCAUUGCAGGGAUGGGUCACCUAAUUUCCGAACCCAAAUUUAAAAUUCCCACCCUCCCCUCCCCCCCUGCUAAUUUCUGACAAGUCCCUUAGUACUUACCAUUUGCCUAUAAUCGAUCCUUCCAUGGGCAGUAUAUGUCCUUUUUAGAAGAGGCUGUAUAUGUUAACUCAAUUAUGAAUUUGAAAGUUGUUGAUCUCUUUUAUCUUUUCAUGUAUGAAGCGAGUAGAACGGCCCGGAUCGCAAGGGAUUAUGGUUUAGAGCAGGCUGCUGUUUCAGGAUACGGACACGCAAAGAAGGGAAUUGAUGUGGCGAAUAGGUACAGCUGUCGAUUUAGUGUCUUGUACCUGCUAUUACUGAUAAUCUUUUUGUCUGUCUGUUACUCACUUGUAAAGUGAGAGCAAGUUUUAAAUCAGGUUCGAAUUUAAUCCGGGAUUGCAUUGCUUUUGCUCUGUGAUUGGUCCAGAAAAACUCGCACCAUUCUCUAGACCAAUCAGAUGCCAAACUAAGUUCUCAUUGGCUCCUUGCAAUAUUUUUCUUUGUUCUGACUUGCCAUUCUGAUUAUAAAGGUUGUAAUUUGCGCACUGAAGUUGGAAUAGAGUAAUGUUCAAACUUUCUAUUUACUAUGUCUGAUUUCCUUUUAGUUGGGUUCAAACGAACUAUCCUACAUACUACAGCAAGUUUAGAGAACACGCAGAUCCAGCUGCUGCAUUUGUUUGGGAAAAACUGACCAUUAUCGGAACAUUUAUGGCAGAAACAACCAAACCAGCUAGAGAUUAUCUAAACGUUAAAAUACCACAGCUUUUAGAAAAGGUGAGACAAAUGAGGUGUUCGGUGGGUGUCAGCCAACAUAAUCCUUGUUACUGUCUCGAGCUACGGAAGAAAAAUGUAAACCAGCAAAUAAUUGAACUGAAUUAUUUAGUUUUAGACUGGCGCGCAAGUAUAACCAAGUUAUCUUUUUUCAUCACCAGUCUUUCAUUUAAAUGUAAAGUAAAGUCAAAAUAAUAACUGUUCUUUCAAGUUUAUAAAAUCCAGAGGAAGGGGAGGGAAAUAAGUAUUGAAUGAAUAUUGUGCGUUUUUCCCCUUUAUCACACACGUUAGUCAAUGAAAUUCUAGGAUUUUGUACAACGCCAAAGUAUGAAAAUCUUUAUUUUAAGCAUUUGUCUAAAAAAGGUAGCGCUUGUUGUCAUUCUGCAUUGUGAACUAAAAUUUUUGUGUAUUUGUCCUUUUCCUUUCCUUGUUUUUUGUGCAGAUUGAAACGGAAGGUCCAGUUUAUCUGGGUAUAGUUCGCGAUCACCUAAAGCACUUCUGGGACACUUGGUGGCCUGUGGUUCACAAAUACCUGAUAAAAAUCUGGGAUUUCUUAUCAGAACACGUCCCAGUCCUACUCGCCAAGGUGCAGGAACUUGCAACUAACUUAGCACACAAGAUUUACGAACUCGCUCCAGAUUUCUUUUCCUCUGUCGCGACUUGGUUUGCAAAACUUGGCGAAAAGAUUGUGGAGAAGUUACCAGAUGUGUUAGCUGUCAUCCAGGAGUACGUUGUCAUAGCGAUCAACCUAGCUGUUAAUCUCAUACAAAGUGUUGUGGAAUGGGUUCAAAAUGUCGCUGGAAGGUAGGUUUGUGCUUUUAUUUCACUUGAACUGUUAGCAAAAGUAGUUUUCUAAGUAGCUAUAAAGUGACUCGAAAAUAUACAGCUGUAGCGAAGUACAGGUAAACAUCAUGAAGCCAUGCAACUUCCUUUUUUUUUUUUUUUUAAUAUUGCAUAGCCUGUAAACUGGGAAGCUUUCAGAGAGCCGCAAACUGUGUUUAGCUAAUCGCUGUUGACGUUGUUCGGAGUUUCUCUAAAUUAGAUGAAAACGCGUCAUUGGUUGAUCGGUUACAGCCAUGAUAGAAGAGAGCUUUUCGUAACGUUGUAAAAUUUGUUCUAUCUCAAAGCAGUUAUUCAGGUUUGGAAAAAUUUAAAUGAAAGGUCAUUAUCUAACUCUCUCUAUAGCGCUGAGGUUGAGGACACAGUAAAUCAGAAGUCAUCCUCGACUGGGUAUUCAAAACACGUACCGAAGUGAACCAAUUCAGUGCCGAAAAUUAACGCGUGUAGAACAAAGCAACUUGGAAAUCGCAAAGGCACUGACCAGAAAGCCAAUAAAAGGCAUGCAGUACUGCGCUUGCGUGAAAGCUGAACAGAACCUCUCUCCUUAUUGCUACUGGACUUUGUAAAGGAACAUUUUGCCUUAUCGAUGAAAGAAUUUUGUUCAAUACAACACGUCUCACACGAUAUCGGUAUCUCUAUAAGGGUAAGGACUUUGAAAUAAAUCACACGCACAUUAUUUUUUCUGAAUUUUUGACUCGUUUUAUCACCAAGCAGCUGAAAUUAUCACUUCUAGUGAGCGUGGUAAUAAGACAACGAUUUAAAGUUGAUUUCAAGAGCAGUUUUAAAGAAUUGGAUGCAAAAAAUGAUAAGUAUUAAUUCGGGUAAGAAUGUAAACCGGAUAUAGCGCAGAUAAGUGGUAACACCCUCUUUAAUUGAAAGAAAACCGAAGAGAUGGAUUCAAAGGUUCAGGCGCGGCAAACCAAUAAAAACUGGGAAAGAAAGGAGAAGGAUUCGAUGGAAUGUUGAAACUUUCCCAUAGUUGAUUACACUUCCAGCUCCUAGUCUUCACGAGUGAUUGAAACUCAUAAGCGUUUUAUUUCAGAAUAUCAAUAUAUCCUAAAAGUUGUUCGCUCUGCUUCCGCCGAGACCGCAAUUAAGAUGUGUAAGUUGUGUCACAAGAAAUUUAAAACGAGUUUAUUACUUUUCAAAUUUACAAGUAAAGGUUGU